AUUUUUGAUAUUUGACGUAGUUUAGCCUAGCAUUACAAACAAUUUUUCAAUUUGUGUCUUGUCGGCGUCUCAUUUCAAACUACAAAAAUGUUUAGAAAUCAAUAUGAUAGUGAUGUGACCGUCUGGAGCCCCCAGGGGCGUCUUCAUCAGGUAGAAUAUGCAAUGGAAGCCGUUAAUCUAGGUUCAGCGACUGUAGGUUUGAAAAGUAAAACUCAUGCAGUGCUCAUUGCUCUUAAAAGAGCCUCUUCGGAGCUCUCUGCCUAUCAGAAAAAGAUCAUCAACAUCGACGAGCAUAUUGGAAUAACUAUUUCAGGACUCACUGCAGAUGCUAGGAUCCUUAGUCGUUAUAUGAGGAAUGAGUGUUUGAAUUACAAAUAUUCUUUAGAUGCCCAUAUGCCUCUGAAUAGACUCAUAAGCACGUUAGGUAAUAAAAUGCAGCAUUGUACUCAGCGCUAUGACCGUAGACCAUUUGGAGUUGGUCUUCUAGUUGCUGGCUAUGAUGAGUCAGGUUCUCAUAUCUAUCAAACAUGUCCGUCAGCCAACUUUUAUGACUGCAAAGCUAUGUCAAUAGGCGCUAGGUCCCAAAGUGCGAGAACUUACCUCGAAAAACACCUAGAUGAACUUCCUUCCUGUUCCCUGGAGCAACUUGUCAAACACGGUUUACGUGCCUUAAGAGAUACCUUGCCCCCAGAGGUAGACUUGACUACAAAAAAUGUUGCGAUUGGUUAUGUUGGUAAGGGACAGCCUUUCCAAAUAUUGGAAGAAAAUGAAACGGCUCCAUAUUUGGCCCUGAUUGAGGGAGAGGAAAGAAGAGGUGGUGGGGCAGGAGGAGCUGGUGUUGAGGCUCAGCAAGCCGAUCCCCUAAGAGAAGAUACGGGGGACGAAGGGCCCAGAGACCCAGUGCCAACAACAGCAAUGGAUACCACAGAAUAAACAUUUCAGAAUUGUAUUUUUUCAAACAUCAAUUUUUCUUGUUUUUUCCAAUAAGUAUAAAGGGCUUUUGCCGUGGCUGUCUUGUCUUAAAUGAGGCAGCCACGGCAGGAUAUUUAUAAUAUUUUUCACUUGUUUUCAUUCAUUUCAUUUUGUCUUGUUUUCAAUCUAUUAAACUUGCUUGCUGGCAUA